AUGCUCGAUCACCACGAUCGCGAGUACGUCGAGUUCUGGGAUGGAGUCCUUCAGCUUCGAAGGACGAUCCUUCCAGGAUAUCAGACGCGUCAGCAGGCUCAGAGCUUGCUUGACCUCGUGGAAACCUACUACAGCACAAAUGAAAGAGAUGAUCUUAAGGGCUUAUUGCAAGCGCUCGUGGACUACGUGGGUCUCCACACCUACGUCAGCCUUGACCUCCUCAACAAAGAUGAAGUCUUGGGAACCAUGCAACAGAUCGUUGAUGGUGUCAACAUACGGGACCUCGAGGUCCUCAGAGCCUCUCCAGCUCCUGAGAAGAUCGAUGAGAGGGAAGAAUCUCCAGAUGCACAACCCCACCCUCCGACGACCGACCCAGACAAGAAACAGUGGGUUUUUGUCUGUGAUCAUUGCACCGCCUACAUUCGACAAAAGAAUGACUUCCACAAACACCAGCAAUAUGGCACACAGAGAUCUGGCUACAACAACAAGAGAACCUUGGACGCAGGAACGCGAGGCCGUACAACAAGAAGAUCACAAGAUCUCGAAUCAACCGUGGCGACAAGGUCGAAUUACCAAACUGACUACGACAUCGAGAAGAACAAUUAUUUCAUUGUCAUCUGCACUAAAAAGCGGGAAGAUACCAACCCAUCCGGACCGUCCACCACUGUCAUUUGUACUGGUGCCAUCGCCUUUCGAUGUGGUCCAUACACUAUGUACGACGAUUGCGCUAGAACGCGUCAGAAACACCAGUUACUCAGAGUCUCAGCGGGACAACAGGUGGUUGCCCAGGGAGGGUCCCUGGAUGGCUGGUCCACCAUGGAUCCUCCUUGGGACUAUACCUGGGGAAGCUGGGCCUGUCGACGGCUCAGCUUCCCCGAACGCAGCCUCUAA